GUUUCAUUCUGAACGGAUCAAUUGGUCGAGCACCAGGUUCCACUACGUACUUCCCAUUAAAGUUUUACCAAAAAGACAACGCGAUGGAACCCAGCUACGCGAAGCCACAGAAAGACGAAGUGUACCGUGAGUUGCAGAGAGUCCGAGGAGGCGAGGGCUUCCAUGUAAUAUGUCAGAACCGGAGAUCAAGCAGGGAUUUUUACAAGUACUUCCCGACUGAAAACAAGACUGAUUUUUAUCUCAGUCUACUCUUCUACCACACCCAAGACUCCCCCUCGGUGAAGGUGAAAUUCCUCUAUCGACACGAUACCGACAACUGCUACGUGAUUGUAAAUAUAUACAACGGGAACGACCUGCGAUCAAAAUCUGCACGUUCCAGCACCACCGCAAAUUCUCCCGGACAUCUCGCUGUUAAUUUGAGGAAGGGGGACUACUCUUUGAUGCAGUUUCACGUGUAUGAAUACAAAUGCGAUCACUUCUUUGAUACCGUCCGCUACGAUUCGUACAACUACAAAUACUAUCGUCUGGACUACGCCGAAAUAUAUCAUUCAGAUAGUUAUCGACUGCAAGAAUACCACGUGACGCAGGAUAAGGUGGGCCUCCCCAGUAAUUACUUUGCCGAAGACAGCUCAUCGGAAGAUUAUCCUGGUGAUCCGGGAUAUGUACAAGUCGGAGCUGUUACGACUGUCACUGGAAAAGUUUAUGAUGCCGCAAAAACGGUCAGUGUCAUACUCAAGAGCGGCAGCUUCCAGGCGACGAAGUCGUUGGGCAACCCACCAAGUACGCUGUUCGACAUCACCGUCAGGAUAAUGGGCGCUUCUGCGGAGUUGGAAGCCAGCUUCAUUGAUAAACCCAUUGUCAUCGAGACUUCUCACACAAUGAAUGGCGGAUCCAUGCGUUUUCUCAACAUCCAGAUUCUGAAUCUGGUACAUGACUCUGGCUACGCCAUUGACUGAGCUCCGAAGCGGUCUGUUGUGCCUCUUCCUGAACGAGCGGCACAGUUGCUGGUGAGCUGCUUGGAAUCAGCUCCGCCUGUGUGUCAUGUGUGUGUUCCAGUGUCAUUCUUUGUAUGGUUUCUUCUUUUUAUUUCGUUGUUGUCUGAAUUUCAAAUAAAAUGCAGUGAAAAAAGUA